AUGGUAUUAAAGACUAAUGGGGAUAAGGAGGUGGCUGUGAUUGGGGAGCGAAGGGAUUUUCUUUCUAAUGUGAUCUCUGCUUUAAGGGCCGAAAAACUGGUUCGCAAGGGUUGUGAGGCGUUUCUAGCCUAUAUUAGUGUAUCUGAUUCUUGGGGUCCUUCUAUUGGAGAUAUCAAAACAGUUAGGGAUUUUUCGGAUGUAUUUCCUGAUGAGCUCCCUGGGUUGCCUCCGAGCCGCGAAGUUGAAUUUGGAAUUGAGCUUUUGCCAGGAACGGCUCCAGUGUCCAUCGCCCCUUAUAGGAUGACAUCGAAUGAGUUGGUGGAGUUAAAAGCUCAAAUCCACGAACUGUUGGAUAGAGGAUUCAUUCAACCUAUUCUGACUAAGUUGUUGCGUAAAGGGGUAAUGUUUAACUGGACUGAUAGGAAGCAAGAAAGUUUUGAGAAACUGAAGAAAGAAGAUAAGGUGGUUGCUUAUGCUAACGUGGUAGCUGACGCUUUGAACGGUAGGCCUGUAUCUAAAUUGAGAGUGAUGUUUGCUCGUCUCAGCCUAUUUGAUGAUGGUACCUUGUUGGCUGAGUUGCAAGUUAGACCGACGUGGACUGAACAGAUUAAGGGGUUACUAUGGCCAGUUAAGAUUCCACUUUGGAAGUGGGAGGGAGUGACCGUGGAUUUUGUGAGUGGGCUGCCCUUAACGCCUACCAAGAAAGAUUUGGCAUGGGUUAUUUUAGAUCGACAGACUAAAUCUGCCCAUUUCAUACCAGUCCGUACUGAUUACUCUUUGCAGAAGUUGGCUAAGUUUUGGGAAGACUAUUUGCCGUUAGCAGAGUCUAAGUAUAAUAAUAGCUACCUGUCUAGUAUCCAAAUGGCACCGUACGAGGCAUUAUAUGGUCGUAGCUGUCGUACUCCUACCUGUUGGACUGAGCUAGGCGAGCGACAUUAUCGCUCCGAUCCUACUCACAUAGGGUCAGUUGAGGAGAUAGAGGCUAGGCUGGAUUUGACCUUCGAGGAGGAGCCAGUACAAAUUUUGGAUCAUGAGGUUAAAGUACUAAGGAAGAAGUCCAUUCCUCUAUUUAAAGUGCUUUGGUGUAAUCACAGUUCAGAAGAAGCCACGUGGGAACCCGAGGAGGCAAUGCGACAACAAUACCCUCAUCUUUUCUGA